AUGUCAAAACGAAAGACACCUCCCCAACAUGAACCUGCCGACGAUGACAUACACUUCAACGUAUCUGAAAACGAUCAACAGCAUUCACCGGACAAGUUGCCAUCGUCACAUUCUGACACUGAUCGAAUCGAGGAGGACAUGCUAGACACAGCUGAUCACGACAUUGAGAACACCACCAGAAAGCCGCGCAGAAGAAAACGACGAGUGUCAUAUUCGUUUCGUGCCAAGAUAGAAGUGCCAGAGCCAAGCUCGCGUGUUUUAAGAUCCAGUACACGUCUUGCACAUAAACCACCUGCCGAGCAACAGACGACCAACGCCAAAGAGUCAUCAUCCUUGCGACCUUCAAGAGCUAAAGCGACUAGGAAGACAAAGAAGCAUACACACGACAACAUACACGAAUCAUUGAAUACUACAAGCGAACAAGGAAUGGAAAGAUCAACGCCACCGAAUCAUGUUGAUGAGGAGGACGCCACAGCAACGGCAUCAAGUGAAAUACAACCAUCAUCUACACGAGAAGAAGAAGCAGAACCACCAGUAUCAGACACACAAUCAUCACCUACACGAGAAGAAGCAGCAGCAGCACCAGUAUUAGACACACAGCCAUCACCUACAAGAGAAGAAGCAGCAGCAGCACCAGUAUUAGACACACAGCCAUCACCUACAAGAGAAGAAGAAGAGGAAGCAGUACCAGUAUUGGACUCACAACCAACAUCCACACAAGAAGAAGCAGCAGCACCAGUAUUGGACUCACAGCCGACAACUACACAAGAAGAAGGAGCAGCAAUAAGUUCACCUUUAUCAUCACAGCUAUCACCCGCAUUAGAGCAACCUGUUGAUGUGCUAAGCUCGUUGAUCGAAUUUCCUGAUCUUGAUGACUAUACCCGUGGAUCGCUUGCGAUUGCAGAGGCACUACGCCUAAACAUGGAAAUGCAACAGCAUGCUGAAAAUCAACUUGGAUGGAUUAAUGAACGAAUACGUGCAACGCAGGAGUUGAUGCAAAACGUUCGAGACCUCUCAAGUAUGGAAGUGAAAAUGGACCAAAAGCCUGUCAAGAUCCACAAAAAGUACCCGACGACGUAUGACUUUUUCAUUGACGAAGAUGGCAACAAACCACCUAUCGCAACCGAUCCUUCCCAACAGGAUACUAUCGAUCAAAGUAUGGGCGUUGUGCGACGUACUUGGUCAAAUUCAGAGCGACAAAGAUUAUUUGAUGGUGUACAUGCGGAAGCACGGCGUGCACUGGUUGUUUCGAUCGUUGCCAGCAAAGAGGAGCACAAGAUAUGGGAGGUUGACAAGAUGUCGGAUAAGGAAUUGGAAAACGUACCAGUGGACAAGUUGAAUUGGAAGCGUAUUAGCGCACUCUAUGUACAUUCAAGAACUCCAGUGCAAUGCAUCAUCCAGUGGACAACACAAGAACAUCCAAGAAUCAACAAGAAGCCAUGGUCCAAAGCAGAAUCACAAAAGCUACAUGAGCUGGUGGAGAAGCAUGGCAUAUAUGGAAAAUGGGAAUUGAUAGCCAAGGAGCAUGGAUCCAAUCGCACCGCUUCACAAUGCUUUUCGAGAUAUCAAUCAGAGAGGAAUACCAGCCAUUCAAAGAAGAAAUGGACCGAAGAAGACGAUUUAUCGUUACGAGAAGCAGUGGCUCUUUUGGGCGAGGGAAAUUGGCAACAAACAGCAAGCAUGUUGGGCAAUCGAACGGGCAAUCAAUGUCUUCAACGUUGGAUGAAAUCUCUCAACCCUGCCAUUCGCCGUGGAAAGUGGACUGAACAAGAGGAUGAAACGCUGCGACGUGCUGUGAAUUUUUAUGGUGUUGGCAAUUGGAAUAAGAUACAACGGCAUUUGCCAGGUCGUACGGAUAUGCAGGCUCGUGAACGGUGGACCAAUAUUCUCGACCCUUCCCUUACUUUUGCCCCGUUUACCGCUGAAGAAGAAGAAAGGCUCUAUGCACUGAUUGAGGAGCACGGACGAAAGUGGUCGAUGUUGACAAAGUUCUUUCCUGGUCGCACCGAUAACCAUCUUUUACGGUUCUGGAAAAUGGCAGAAACCAGGAAGGCAAAAGCUGCAGAGAAAGCAAAGUCCAAACGAUCACGUACAAAGGGGAAGGCAAAAGCAUCAUCCUGA